AAUCAAGUUAAUAACAAUCAAGAGAAAAUCAAUUGAUUGAAUGGUCGAUGUGUAGAUUAAUCGAACCACGUUGAGCAAACUCCAUAGGAAGAAAAUCAGUGUUAUGGUUUUUACUUCAUUCUCUUCAUCACCUUGUCAUCCAUUUCCAACGUCUUCGCAUCAAAAACAUCUCUCUCUUCACCGGAUUCUAUUCGUCAACCAAACAAAUAUAUUUCCAAUUCUCUCCAUCUUUCCAAUCAUCAAACUCUUUCAUCUUAUUCAUCAUCACCAUCAUCUUAAUCAUCACCAAUUAAUUAAUCCAACAGUAAACAAUGGCUGCUCUACUACAGACCUUAAGUGGUAAUCCAUUACAAACACCAAUCGGCCAGAAAAUAGAACAAGCAACCGAAUCAAAUUUACCUUCCGAGGAUUGGGCUUCCUUCAUGGAGAUUUGUGAUAUGAUCAAUGAUACAGAUGAAGGACCCAAGGAUGCAGCUCGAGCAAUUAAGCGACGACUUCAGCAAAAUGCUGGAAAAAAUCAUGUCACCGUUAUGUAUACACUAACGUUACUGGAAACUUGUGUUAAAAAUUGUGGAAAAAGAUUCCACACUCUUGUUACUAGUAAGGAUUUCGUUCAAGAUUUGGUUAAGUUAAUUGGUCCAAAAAACGAUCCACCUCCGGUUCUUCAAGAAAAGGUUUUAAAUCUCAUUCAAACUUGGUCUUUAGCAUUUCGAGGACAACCAGAAUGCUCCGGAGUUGUUCAGGUGUAUAUCGAUUUGAUGGCAAAAAAGGUUGAAUUUCCAGUCACUGAUCUUGAGUCAACUGCACCAAUCCACACUCCUCAACGAAGUGUACCACCAUAUCAACGAAAGGCGACCAACGAAUCAAUUGUAACAACUGGAUCACCUACUAAUGCAUCAAGCAAUUCAUUGCUAAAUCGUUCACUACCAACAAACAUUAUCUCAGGAUCAUCAACAGCAACAUCAACAUCAUCAUCGUUACCUUCAUCAACCACAACAACAACAGCCCCAUCCUUAGCCGCUACCGGUAUAUCAACAACAAUCGGUGCUCCUGGAUCAUCACCAAUUAGUUCAUUUCAUCAUCAUCAUAACAUGUCUACUGGUGGACAAGUAAAUCAUAGUCCAGAUCAGUUGAUUAAACUGAAAAGUGAAUUGGAUGUUGUUCAAGGGAAUAUAAAAGUCUUCCAUGAGAUGCUCAAUCAAUUGAUUCCAGGUAAAGAGCAUCCAGAUGAUUUAAGUUUACUUUGUGAUUUAAAUACAACAUGUCAAGCGAUGCAAAAAAGAAUCGUUGAACUGAUUGAAAAAGUGGCCAAUGAAGAAGUGACCAAUGAGCUAUUGAGAGUUAACGAUGACCUUAACAAUGUCUUUGAACGUUACGAAAGAUAUGAAAGGAAACGAUCCAAUGCUUCAUCGUCAACAUCAACAACUUUCCCGAAAUCGAAGGCUUCAGAACCAAGUUUAAUUGAUUUAAGUGUCGAUGAGACAAUACCAACGGUAGAUCUGUUAUCCAAAGGAGUUCAAGGAAUAAGUUUAUCAAAAAAUGUCAAGUCAAGUAAUUCUGGUGCUGAAGAAUCUGCUGGUUUGGGUGAUGCUGAUUUCGACUCUUUUGCUCAAUCUCGAACGUCUCUUGGCCGAACUGAGCCGAAAACCGUUGAACCAACAGGAUUAGAUUCUCUUGAAAAUGCCGUUCGCUCGAGCGGAGGUCCACCCGAUUCUCUUAAUAGUGAAGGAAAAUCUCUUAUGUUGGACAGUGUUCGUGAUUUAGUUGAAAUGGAAAAUUGGUUACGUGAACAAAACGCUUCCGCUAAUUUGGGAACAACAACAACCACAACCACGAACACAUCGACAACACAACAAACCGGAGGUGAUUUUAGCUUCGAAAAGUUUCUAACCGAAAGAGCCGAUGCCAGAGAUAAAAUGUUCAAACAAUAAUUCCAAUUGAUUGUGAACAAAAUCAAGAACCAAUAUAAAUAAUCAAUAGAAACAAAAAACACUUUCUUCAUUAUCCAUUGUUGAUCAUCAUCUCCAGCGAUUCCUGUAAUUGGUACCGAAGAUUAUCAUGAUCACCAUUGGGAUAAUCUAUUGUUUACUUGAAAGAACUUAUUUAAUGAAUGACAAUUUAAUGGAUCUAUGAUGUUAUAUCAAAAAUUUAUCUCUUCUACAAUUUGGAUAACGUUAAUUUUAAUUUUCUUUUCUUUCUUGUAAAGUCAAAAUUCAAGAGUGAUACUGAAAUUAUCUUCAUCUUACCUGAGAAUCUUGUAUUAACUUCCCAUGUGAGCAUGUGAAGAAUUUAAUUGGAAUUAAUCACAGUUAAUCAAUUCCCUUCUUCUUAAAAUAAUCUCUCCUUUCUCUAUCAAGAAAUUUGCCUACUAAUUAAUACGAUCAAUUAUCAAAUUUCAUACACGAUUUUGUAAUCCAAAUAUUUUAUUCCUUUAAUUGUUGUUAUGUAUUUAACGUGAGACCUUCCCGAUAGUUUAGUCAAUUAGAAUCACUAAAUAUGCUUGUGAAUGUAUUAAUUAUAUUGAUUGAAAGAGAAAAGGACUAAAUGAUUUAUGAGGAAAAUCAUUUACAUUGAUUAACUUUACUUCUCAAUACAAUUUAAUGAAACUUAUCUUUCUGUUCCUAAUAUUAGUUAAAUUGCACAAAUUAAUUUAAAUAAAUGAUUUUAAUAAUUUGA